CAUCACUGAUGGGCACUGAAAGGCAACACUCAUAUAUGGCACUGAUAGGUGGCACUGAUUGGCAGCACUUAUAUGUGGCACUGACUGGCAUGGAUAGGUGGCACUGACUGGCACUGAUAUGUGGCAUUGAUGUGCAUUGGUAGGCACUAUGUGGCAUUGAUGAGCACUGACAGCUGGCAUUGAUGAGCACUGACAGCUGGCACUGCUGGGGCUACACUGAUCAUCAGGGCACACUGAUCAUCAGUGCCCUGAUCACUGUCAGCGUGACAGCUCGUGAGGAGAGAAAUGCCGAUAACCGGCAUUUCCUUAUUUACAUGUGAUAAGCUGUGAUUGGA